AUGCUCCAGAUCCCUGAGUCAGCAACCGAUGGAUUCAACAAGGCCCCAAGACCAGAAGCAUGGAAGAACGUGGAACGACUCGCGCGGGUGCGUGAAAACCAACGCAAAAGUCGAGCCCGGAAGCAGGAGUACGUGAAGGAGCUAGAGCAGCGUCUAGCGGUGUGCAAAGAACAAGCCCAGCAAAAAGACAUCGAGCACCGACUAGCGACGCAGAAAGUUGAUGCCGAAAAUCGUCACUUGAAAGCUCUUUUGGGAUCGCUGGGUGUUUCUGUUGCUUCUGUCCAGCAGUAUCUACAAGAAGCGGAGGCGGGGACGGAUACCAACAGGAAAGUUGCUAUCCCCGCUAUUCAACGAUUAGAUGGGACGAAGGCUCUGUAUCUAGCACAUCCCGAUACUGCCAGUUCAAAUUUGUCGAUUGGACCACCCCGUGCCCGUAAGGAGGAACCGAAGACAGCUGAACCGCAGAUAACUGGCAAUACUACCUGUUCCUCGACGGCUGUGAAGUCAAUGGAUCAGCCAUCCAAGGAACCACCGCAAGAGAAAGAUCCGGCCCUGUGUGGAUGUUCUGCUGAAAGACAGGAUCCGGAAACGGCAUCCGAUGAAGAUGUGCUCAAUUCGACGCUCUGUGCCAUCGCCGAAGAAAUGAUUAACCAGUACAAUACCAAAGGAAUUGAUGUUGAUGAAAUCCGGCGAAGAAUUUGGUCUGGGUUCCGAGCAGGUGCAAAUGGCACUGGUUGCAGAGUUCAGAACCAUAUCCUGUUCCAGGUGCUGGACGAGAUCAGCGGUGAUGUUUGA